CUUUCUGGCUUUCAGUUGCCCGCCAGCCAGCAUCAGGUUCACAAUGACCUCCGAUUCCACGCUGUACUUCACCGCCGUCGAGGAUAUGUUCAAGGAAAUGUUAACAAUAGAGGUUGACGACUCGGUUCCCGGGAACGAAGAGGGAUCGGGUUUGGGCUCUGACUCAGAAACCCCUAAACGCUGUGUGCAAUUACGAAAGCAAAAAUUGUUUGCCCAGGACUCUGCGAGUUUUGUGAUAAGUCGCCGAUCUCCAAGACUGGAAUCUAAAAUCAAUUUGGAACUGCAUUUGUCGCCCGGCAGACAAAGGGAGCUGCGGGCUGAGGAGAUCCUGCAACAGCGCAAGGAUCGAGCUGUAAAAGAACGCCAAAAGCCACCCCAGAGACGCCUUACCUUGAGGAUAUAAUUAAAGCGAUCUAAACCAUUGUCUAGUGUGUUCUUCGAUCACAGUGCUUCCCCCUGUUGUAUGCUUUACUCUAAGAUUUAUAUUAAGUUCUGCUAAGUAUGCCAUGUACGAAUGUCUGGCAUGUUGUCAGAGAUCACUUUUAGGGUUUUGUGAUUUUAUGCCAUUUUUUGUG